AUGUCUUUGACGACGCCGGAAGAAGAGCUCCCGUUCCGAGCGUUCGUGCCGGCCAAGCAGGAUCUAGCGGAGCUGGGCGAGCUAGCCGACCUCGAGAAGGUGUCGGUGCUCACGUACAAUGUGCUGUCGCAAAUGGGUGCUCGGCGGAUGCAGCGCGGAGGCAAGAGCUACGUCAGUGCAGCGAUCCUCAACAUCCGACAACGACGAGAUCGAGUGCUACGAGAGAUUUUGUCGUACGACGCCGACAUCAUGUGCCUUCAGGAAGUGGAUGAGUACGACGACUGGUGGGCGGUGGAGUUGGCCACGGCUGGCUACGACAGCAUCUACGCGACGUCUGCGGCGCCGAGCUCGGCUGCGGUGGCCAAAGAGAUCGAUGAGGGCCUCGUCACGGCGUUCCGGAAGAGCACCUUCCAGCUCUUCCGGUCGAGCGAGGUGCAUUUGAACGACCUGUGCGCCAACAUCAACGAUCCGAAUCUUGCGGCGAGGGCGAAGCAGGACAAGCUCGCGCUGCUGGUGAGUCUGCAGCCGUGGGAAACGUCGGCUCUGCCCUCUGCGCUCUGUGUAGCGAACACACAGCUUGCAGCGGGGGCGACACCCGAGAUGGAGCGCGUUCGGGUGCUGCAAACCGAGUACUUGUGCCGCCAAGUUGCUGUGUUUAACGCAGAUUUCCAGCUCCCCAUCGUGCUGGCAGGGACGUUCAACGCCACCCCGAGCAGCGACGUCUACCAUACAAUCCUCACGGGCCGUCGGCGACCCGUUCCCGAGGCUCCAGCAGCUCCAAGUCGUCCAGAGGUCGAUGAGCCCACGGCUUCAUCACUGAGAGUCAACUGGCAGCCGCCUCAGCCGUCCGUAACGUCGCUGACAUCGUCGGCUCCGGUUCUGGAAUACAAAGUCGCAGUCAAGAACUGCGCGAGCAAGACGUCGGGCUUCCUGUACGAGCUGUCGGUCCCGGACGGAGCGGCCAAGUCGUUCGUGGUGGCGUCAUUGAGCGCCAACAUGACGUACCAGUUCCGAGUCAUGGCGCGCAACGAGCACGGCUGGGGUCAUUGGAGUCAGCCAUCCGCCCCGGAGAGCACGCUAGAGCACGCUGCUUACAAGAGGAGGGCUCCGAGCUCUGCAGACUCGGCCGAGAAGCCUUUGUACCUUGCUCCAGACAUCCCUCCAGACGUCAAGGCCUACGACAUCUCGUUCGGAUCGGGUCGUACGCCACGCUACACCAGCGAAGCGAAGCAGAGCAAACCGGUUGUCAACGUGGACGUGUGUCCCCGUCCGCUAUUGUCUGCUAUUGAUCGCAGUGUUAGCGGUAGCGACCAGCGUGCCGAGGCGAAGCGAUACGCGACUCUGCAGCCCCGAGCUGACCGUGACAGCUUGCUCGUCCACAGCGAGAUGAUGGAGAGCGCCUACGGAGCAUACGCCGAGUACAUGAGCGAGCCCGAGCUCACGUUCUCCAGCAAGAACUUCCAGGGCACGAUCGACUACAUCUUCCACUCCACGGGCCAGCUCACGCCGUUCCAACUGCUCCAGUUACCGACGCUAGAAGAGCUCGAGGCAGUCGGCCAAGACGAGCGCGAGCCCGUGAGCGUCGUGGAUGUCGAGUGGGUGAAGCACAAGCCCGAAGACUGGCACGACAGCGUGGCGGAAGACGCCAAGGCGACGGACCGAUACGCCACCACGCGCUACAUGGGGACUUGGUGCGCCCCGAUCCUCCCCAAUGUCUUCGGUAGAACGUCGUCGUGGCUGCCCAACGCCCACUGUCCGUCCGAUCACCUGCCUCUAGCUUGUGUCUUCGCCGUCAGGAAGCAGAACCUCGCCGUCACGUGGAACUAG